UCCGAGCAGAGGGGAAAGUCAUCUAAGAGCUGCUGUUUCACAAGGUCUGGGCACAGAGCUGCCCCUCCCUUCCUCCCUGAAGUUUGCAUGAAGUGCACGUUAGGCUGUAAUUAGGGGAUCUGGGAGGAAAACUUUCCUGGUGACGCUUUGCUUUUCUUCUGCUCUGAGUGAGAAAGUGCCUCCUUCUUCUCUGGAGCAGGACCUCUGCCAUCCAGCGCCACAAAGACACAUUCUACACACGGACACACACAUACAAACACACUCAUGCGCGCGCGCACACACACCCUUGCCCAGAGACAAACUUAAGGUGAGGGGAAAGAGCUUUGGCUCCACUGGAUCUCCAGGCUCCAACUUCAGCAGGACUUGGGAGCAUCUGAACUUCUGGAUUUCGGGACAAGUGAAGAAGAUUCUUGGGGCUAUAAAGAUGAAGAGCCUACUUCUUCUGGUGCUGAUCUCCAUCUGCUGGGCUGAUCAUCCUUCAGACAACUACACUCUAGAUCAUGGCAGAGUUAUUCACAUCCAAGCAGAAAAUGGCCCCCAUCUACUUGUGGAAGCAGAACAAGCCAAGGUGUUCUCACACAGAGGUGGCAAUGUUACACUGCCAUGUAAAUUUUUUCGAGACCCUACGGCAUUUGGCUCAGGAACCCACAAAAUCCGAAUUAAGUGGACCAAGCUAACUUCAGAUUACCUCAAGGAAGUGGACGUUUUUGUUUCCAUGGGAUACCACAAGAAAGCCUAUGGAGGCUACCAGGGGAGAGUGUUUCUGAAAGGAGGCAGUGAUAAUGAUGCUUCCCUGGUGAUCACAGACCUCACCCUGGAGGAUUAUGGGAAAUAUAAGUGUGAGGUGAUUGAAGGAUUAGAAGAUGAUACUGCUGUGGUAUCAUUAGAUUUACAAGGUGUGGUAUUCCCUUACUUUCCACGACUGGGGCGCUAUAAUCUCAAUUUUCAUGAGGCACAGCAGGCUUGUCUGGACCAGGAUGCCGUGAUUGCCUCCUUCGACCAGCUGUAUGAUGCCUGGCGGGGUGGGCUGGACUGGUGCAACGCUGGCUGGCUCAGCGAUGGCUCAGUGCAAUACCCCAUCACCAAGCCCAGGGAGCCCUGCGGAGGCCAGAACACUGUGCCCGGUGUCAGGAACUACGGGUUUUGGGAUAAAGAUAAAAGCAGAUAUGAUGUGUUCUGCUUUACAUCCAACUUCAAUGGCCGCUUUUACUACCUGAUCCACCCCACCAAGCUGACCUACGACGAAGCGGUGCAAGCUUGUCUCAACGAUGGUGCUCGGAUUGCCAAAGUGGGCCAGAUAUUCGCUGCCUGGAAGCUCCUGGGAUAUGACCGCUGCGAUGCGGGCUGGUUGGAGGAUGGCAGUGUCCGCUACCCUAUCUCUCGGCCACGAAGGCGCUGCAGUCCUACCGAGGCCGCGGUGCGCUUCGCCGGCUUCCCAGAUAAAAAGCAUAAGCUGUACGGUGUCUACUGCUUCAGAGCAUACAACUGAGCGUGCCCUGGAGCACGUCGGGUUUAGAGUCAUUCAGAACAUGUGAAAGGUGUUUUGUUUUUUUUCCGUAUGAACUCAUGCAAGUUACCAAAACUGUGAUAACCCUUUUUUUACUUACUGUAAAGAGUCAUUUUCAUAAAGACCAAUUCAUUAAUUUGUUUUUGUAAAGCUAUCAUUCAAUAUAUAUUAUAAAUUAAUAUAAUUUUAAGGAAAGUCCUACAUGAGGAGGCUUUUGAGCCAAACCCUUUAGGCUAUAUCAUCCCACGGAAGCAUCCUUUCAUGGGCGGGGCAUGCAGUAAUUUGAGGAUUGCUAGGGUUAAGUUAAGGAAAGGAAAGUUACCCGGAGCAGCAGCUUCCACAAGCACAAAUUUUACACAUUUGUACGAUUUUGAAAUGCACAAGAAACAAGUUAGAGCAGCAGAUUUGACAUAAGGCUUCUUUACAUCAACUGAGAUUCUGAGAGGUGGCACAAAACUCAGUCUCACAGGGGAAUAAUCUACACUUUUCUAAAAGUUCCUAUUGCAAGUCUCCAGUAGAAUAUUUUAUUCUUCAAACAUCCUGCCUUUUGACC